UCGCUGCCGGCGCCCCCCAAAUUCCGUGCGCGCAGCUCCUCGUCCGUCUCCCUCGCACGCUCGUACAGGAUCCCCGUCGUGUCCGCUCCGGCGAAGGCCGUAGUAUCCAGCCGCACCGCACUCAAGAUCCCCGGCGCCCUGCUCAACCCGCCCGACGAGAUGCCGUUUAAUUCCAAAAAGGCCGGAAAGGCGCUGGGCAAGGCCCUCGGAAAGCCCUUUACCGCCAUGUACGCGUCGGGUGGGGAGUUUCCCGUAAGCAUACCCACCCCUGCUGAGCGGACGUACGAGCAGCGCGCGCCUCUUGGUUCUGAGAACGAAGCGAGGGACGAGACGAGGGAGCAGGGCCCGGCUGCACUGGGUUCGCAAACUCCGGCUGAGAUGUCUCGCCCAACGACGACGGAGGCAUAUAAGCCGGCCGCGGUCACGCUAGCCCCGCCUCCGGCUUCCUUCCAUCGCCACGAUCUGCCUUUCGUGACUGCGCGCACCAGGCCGGACUCGCGGCCCGAGAGCAAGCUGCUGCCCGACGCCCCGUUCCUCCCCGGCGUAUACCGGGACGAGAGGCACGCCAUGACGUCCCCGCCUCCGCGCCCGGAGUUCGCUCACGCCGAUUCGUACGCGGAGAGCACUCGCUCCUCGACGCUAGUUGACAACACAGAGGAUCACAUGCGUCAGCUCUUCAACGCCCUCCCGCCCGAAGCGCAGGCGCUCGCGUACACUCGCCUUGCGGAGCAGCGCGAACGGGAGCGCGAGCUCGAGGCGAGAAGGGAACAGGCGGCGCAGUGGGAGGCCGAAGCUGAGGCGCGGAUCGAGCACGAGCUGCGCGAGAAGGAGCGUGCACUUCGCGCGCGCCAGCCGGCGGGCCUGCCGGAUCAGCACAGCGACGCAUACGACGGCGCAUAUCUCUCAAGCCCCGCGCGGGCGCCCCCGCCGCUCUCGGGACGCCAUCCAGCCGAGGCUGCGCGCUCGCCGACGAACUUUGCCUCGCCGCGCCGCCAGCGCUCGCCCCAAGAAGAGUUCGAAGAGCAGAUCGCGCAGCUCCUCGAGGCGCAAACGCUUCCGCCGCGCGCGCCAUCGCGGCACACAAGCUUGCGCCGCCCCCCGGCCCCGCCGAGCCACGACCCCCCACGCACUCUCUCCGACCCGUCGGCGCCGCGUGCGAUUGUCCCGCCCCGCCCUGUGCAUUCCCCGCGCACGCCUAGGACAUACCCCGAUGUGCCGCGCAUUGACGGGCAGGCCACGCCGCUCAGCCGGCCCACCGGCGACACUGAGGUCCGCGCUGCCCUGGCCGCGAAGAUCCGCGCGCUCCAAGCUGCCCUCGACACGCUCGACGUGACCGAAAACGCAGAGGUCGCGGACGAGAGUGACUUCUACGCCCUAUCCGCGCCCUCAACGAUGACGUUGGGCGGCAGUCGUGCGGGCAGCCCCGAGGUUCCGCUCUCGCGGCCAGGCCACACGCCGACGCCCUCAGGCUGGAACCUCGGCGUGCUCGAUCCCGCUCCCGACGUCUUCGCGAAGCCCGAGCGUGUCCCCAGAUUUCGCACGCACUCGCGUAGCGCAUCACGCUCCCACCCCGCCGACCUUCGUGCCACGCCAAGCAUCCGCUCACGUGCCGCCACGCCGCUCAAAGUCCUUGAGCUGGACGCGAUCCCGCCUCCACGUGCGGUCUCGCCGCGCACAGUGCAGCGCCCCCUCCCGUUGGAGCUCGAACCGAGUUCGCGCCCGACCUCGCUCGCGCACUUUGUGGAUGGCCGACGCGCCAUGCAGACCCCGCCGCCAGAGUAUGCUGCCGGCCCGCAGUUCCCGGUCCGUCUCGAGGCUACCAUUGAUCCCACCGCGCUGUUCUGAUUGUAGGUUACAGGUAAUUAACGCAAGAUCGUUUCGGAUUGUAUGUGUGUAGAGAUAGAGUGAUGUGAUUAUGUGCAGGGCUGGUUGGCGGCAUGUUAAAUGAGAGCGGCU